AUGGAGACGACUGUGCCAGACAAACUUAAUAAGAAAGAUCAGCGAGAAUAUGUUAUAAAUCUUAUAGCGCAUGUAAAUCACGGAAAGACAACUGUUAUGGACAAUGUACUGGAGUAUUUAGGGGUUAUAAGCAAAAGCAUGGCAGGGGAAGCAAGACUGCUGGACUCUAGAAAGGAUGAGCUUGAGAGAGAAAUGACAAUGAAAUUAUCGCCAGUAAGCUUAUUUGUGGGGGGAGCAAAAAUAACUUUUUUAGACACGCCAGGCCACUUAGAGUUCAAGUCAUUAACAGAAUCAACUUUUAUUAUUUCUGACAUAUCUUUGGUAAUUGUAGAUGUAAUGAAGGGGGUAACAGAAAGGCUUCGGCAGCUAGUAAGGAAUUCAUCGGAUAACCGGUGCGCGCCGUUGAUCCUAAUCAACAAGAUAGACUCUCUUUUUAAGCUAGGGUCAUCAGGGGAUGAAAUAGAGCACAGAGUAAGUACGAUAAUACAGAACUUAAGAGAGGUAGUGUCUGUGCCAAUUGACUGGGACUUAGGAAACAUAAUAAUAGGAAGUGCAAAGGACAACUGGAGUAUAGGAUACAGGUCUAUUGCAAACCGAAUAGUUGGAAAAGAUGUAGGCAAACUGACUAUGAAGAAGGCACUGCGGAUAGUUCGUACGGUAUAUGCGCAGAGAUCCGCUGAGCUGUUAAAGCUAUCUGAGAGGGUUAAAAGAAAAGUAAAUCCAGGCCUUAAAGAUAGAAUACAGCCCAAGGACAUUGUAUCCCAUGAGUUUGGCUUUUUUUCUGCUUUGCAUGCAUCAAUUGUCUCUAUACAGCCUGCAGACUUAGUAGGAGAAGAUAUAUCAGCAAAUGAAACUAGCUUAGCAGAGAGUGAUGUAUACAGCAUGUAUAAUCAAAUAUAUCAUAAAGAAAGCACAAAAUGGAUAAGCUCAGGCAGAAGCACGGUUUUAGCUGUGAUCUGCUCGAAUACACUUGUGGAGGGAACUAUAACCGCAAUAGGACGAACUCUUCACGGGCAAUCUUUAUCAGUAGGAGACUCUGUGAUGGUAGUUGAGAGCACAGGGAUAUCAGAGUGUAAGAUAGAAAACCUUAUAUAUUUUACAAAAACAUUUGAUAAUAUAGAAGUGGCAGAGGGGCUUGUAGGGAUUCAGGGCCUGGGCUGUAAGAAGAAAGGUAUAAUAUGUGCAAGCGGGGGAGAUCCGGAAGAAGCCAAGAAGCAAUUAAACCAGUUGAAGUGGCCUAUUUUUACUCCGUUAUUUACCGAUGUAAUUACACCUGCAGCAGAGUGCUAUUCUUCUGUGAUAGAAAGGCUAACUCGUCUAUCACGAUGCGAGCCAGGCCUUUUUCUAAGCGCCAAGCAGGGAAAGAUUAUUGUACGCAGUGAUGGUGUGCUACAGAUGGACAAGAUAAAAACUGAUCUAGAAGGCCUGAAUUUCACUACAGAGGAUCAGUCUGAGGUAUAUCAAGAAACUGUUACUAAGGGAUAUGGAGUUGUUAAAACCCAAGCAGACAAUGAGCACAAAAACUAUGCAAUAUAUUUAAGCUGUGCAGAGGACAGCUUAGAAGAAGAAAUGGAGAGGAAUGGGUAUAGAAGACUUUUUGGCCGAGAAUGCUAUGUUAAGUAUCCAGAAAAUGCACCACAUAUGUUAAAAAUGAGCAUUUCAGCACUUCUUCAGAACGGGCCUUUUCUUCAAGAGCAGUGCAACAAAAUCGCAGUAGAGGCGGUGCCUACUGAGGAUUUACCCACUGGCACUCUUUCCCAGAUAUAUUUAGAGUCUAACCCCAGGCUGCUUACAAAUCACACAAUACUAUAUGUAUCUGUUCCGUCAGUUUAUGCGAAAGCCACGAAUACAACUCUAGUGAAAUGUGCCAGCCAUAUUCUUUCCACUAAUGUAGAGGAGUCUACAAUAUGUUUUGAAGUUCGAAUACCAGUCGCUGAGAUAAAGCAGCUGACGAAUGUUCUUAGGACACAGACGAAGGGUGAGGCAGAUAUUCUUCCCACCCAGACGCUUUACUACACAACACCAGAUAAGAUAGAGCACGAGCAGGCGCUCACACUAGCACUUAGAGAAAGAAAGGGUUUAUUCAGAAAAGAGAGAAUAGAGUAAUACAACAAGAAUAAAAUA